AAAAAUUCGUAAUAUUAUCUCAUGAAUUCUUUUUCGAAAAUUUUCAACCUGUUCUGUUUUUGAAAUAUUAAGAUUGCAAUUGCAAAAAUGCAUCAAAAGACGGGCAAAGAAUUUGAGGGUGUCGAAAAGAAGAAGAUAUGGAAUUCGGCAACAGUUGAAGAAGCCCUGACGCUUACAGGGUUCGGGAAGUAUAAUUUCGCUUUGCUGCUGGUGUGCAGUUGGACACUGCAGGCCAUGGGCAUGGAUUUGUUCGGCAGCAGUUUCGUCGUGUCGGCUGCAGUCUGCGAUCUGGCGCUCAGCAUGCAGCAGAGGGCGUUGCUGACCGCUAUGCCUCUAGUCGGAGUGGUAGCGGGAGCACACUUCUGGGGCUACGUGUCUGACACCAAGGGUCGGAAGCUCACCCUGGUGCUGUCAAUGUCCAUCGGCUUCGUCUUUGCGAGUCUCAGCAGCUUCUCACCCGACUGGAAAACUAUGGCGUGCCUCAAACUGAUCAGCUCUAUUUUUACGUCUGCCAGCAACUCGGGCGCAUACACUUUGCUAGGUGAAAGCUGCCCCGCUCGUUCCCGCGGCCGCUCUCUUCUGCUCUGCACUUGUCUGAUGAUGUGCUCGCAGGCUGUUGUGGCAGUACUCGCAUACCCGAUCUUGCCUCUGGAGUUCUCGUACUGGAUUGACUUCCUGGGUAUCCAGUAUCGGCCGUGGCGCCUGCUGGCUCUGGUGAUGGCACUGCCCUGCGCCGCCACCGCCUGCUUGCUGCAGUUCUUCCACGAGAGCCCGAAGUUCCUCGCCUCCCAGGGCCGGUACGAGGAAUCCUUGAAGGUGUUGAAGUCCAUCUACGCUGUCAACAGCGGAGACCGCGCCGAUAAUUUCCCCGUUAAAAAGUUGAUCGAAGACGAGGAGAACCAGGCGCAAGGCAGCGAGGGUUCGAUCCUGAAGUCCCUCUACAAGCAGACGGUGCCCCUGUUCAAGCCGCCGCUCCUCAAGAACACCAUGAAGCUGUUCUACCUGGUCAUCGUCAUCUACAUGACUGGCAGCGGCUUCAUCCUAUGGCUGCCGUACAUCAUGAACAACCUGUUCUCGGUGCUGGAGUCGGGCGGAGGGCAGGGCAUGAACCUGUGCACCGUCAUCCGUUUCUCCACGCAGGGGGUGCUGGCAGUUGCGCAGAAUGGCACGGCCCCAGUUGAAGUAUGCAACGAUACGAUCCAAGAUACCACUCUGCUCUCCGCCAUGUCUUACGGCGCCCUAGCCAGCACCGCGAAUCUGGUGCUCUCUCUCACUUGCGGUGGGCGCAAGCGAGUCGGCAUGAUGUGCAUCCUGGCGGGGUCUGCGCUGGCGGCUGUCCUCCUGAACGUCAUUCAAGUGCCUAUCGCUGGUGGCAUAUUCUUCUUCUUCUUCCUUCUGUGCGCACUUACCAUGGGCAUCUUGAGCGUGUACUUCGUAGAACUGUACCCUACAUCGCUUAGGGGCAUGGCUUCGUGUCUGUCGAUAAUGUUGGGUAGAUCCAGCGCUUUCCUCGGUGUGAAUGCGAUUGGAGCUCUCAUCUCAUACGACUGCGAGUCUACGUUCUACGUGUGGGCAGUUUUGUUACUCUCUGCUGUCGCAGUAGCGUGGUUCCUGCCGACUGAGAAGAAACUGGCUGAUGACCAAUGAAAGAAUCUACUGAUGAGAAAAUAUGGCACCCACUGGUGAUUGACUUGCAGUUAGCAUAAAGGACAAUAUAUCUCAAAUAUUAUGCGGACUGCUAACUAAUUUCGAUAACGGGUUCAUUUCACCUCAUGCUCCAAAUCAAAAUUAUUUAUUGUACAACUAGUCUCAUACAACUCUAUAUUUUGAAAGAUUUUAAAUUUUCGGUACUGGUAUACCAAGCAAUUUUAGCUGGUCUAAAAUUUAGUAUGAAUGUAGGAAUAUGUAAGUUUUAUUAGCUUUAAGGGAGUUACAUGUAGUGAUUAAACGUGCAGGAUGGAAAUUUACUCUAUAUCUUUAUAUAAAAAAAAAACCUUAUGUUUUUAACGACUGCUUAUAUUUUGUUUGAAUAAUAACAUUGUAAGUGUUUAUCGUACUAAGUUUGUCGAUAAUAAUGAUGACGUAAUGUUUAAAAAGACAAUUUGUUACUGGCAGACGAAGUAACUUAGUAAGAGAAAAUAACUUUUUGAUAUUUAUGAGGACUGAAGCAUGGGAAUUUAUGUAGUCUGAUUAAGAUGGUAAUUUUAUAAAUAAUUUGUAUGUUUUCUGAGUGUGAAUUUAGUCUAAAAGUGUAAGUUUUAAAUGUAAAUAAGUCUGAAUCAAAAGUGUGUGAACGAAGAGUAAUAAUAUGUUAUUAAAAACUCUUUUAUCACCUAUAUGUGUAAAUAGUGAUUACUGAUUGUACUUAUUAAUUUAAUUUGUUCGUAAGUAACUUUUGUGUUCGUACCUGACUGAAUAUAAAUGUGUUAUUUAAUUUUUAAAUAA